AUGAGCCGCUCCCAGACACCUGCCCCAGCAGAAUACGACGAUGUCAGAAUCGCCGGCUACGACCCAUUGGUGUCGCCAGAAAUAUUGACUCAUGAAGUCAAAUUGUCGAAAAAUGCCCUCCGUACCAUUGUCAAAUCGCGUCAACAAUCCAUUGAUAUCAUCAACAAAGUCAGCGACAAGCUUCUUGUGGUGGUGGGUCCAUGUUCUAUCCAUGACUCAGCAGCGGCCUUGGAUUACGCCAAAAGAUUAUCAAAAAUGAUUAGCAAAUACGACCAAGAAUUGGUGAUCAUCAUGAGAGCCUACCUCGAAAAACCUCGUACCACCGUCGGUUGGAAAGGGUUGAUCAACGACCCUGAUGUCGACUACAGUUACAAUAUCAACAAGGGUUUGAAAGUUGCCAGAGAAUUGUUUGCCCAAUUGACCGAUUUGGGUGUUCCAAUUGGUUCCGAAAUGUUGGACACCAUUUCCCCACAAUACCUUGCCGACGCCCUCAGUUUCGGGGCCAUUGGUGCCAGAACCACCGAAUCACAAUUGCACCGUGAAUUGGCCUCGGGUCUUUCCUUCCCAAUUGGGUUCAAGAACGGGACCGAUGGGACCGUCGGUGUCGCCCUUGACGCGGUGAUGGCUGCUUCACACCCACAUCAUUUCAUGGGGAUCAACAAAUCCGGGUUGGCCUCGAUCACCACCACCAAGGGUAAUGAAAACUGUUUUGUGAUCUUGCGUGGGGGUAAGCAAGGCACAAACUACGAUGCCAAGUCCGUUGCCGCGGUCAAGGAAAAAUUGGGUGAAAAAGUCCUCAUGGUGGACUGUUCUCAUGGUAAUUCUAACAAGGACUACCGCAACCAGUCGCUUGUUAACACCGAUGUGUGUAAGCAGGUGAGCAAUGGUGAAGAAAAGAUCAUUGGGGUUAUGAUUGAAAGUAAUAUUAAUGAAGGCAAGCAAUCGAUUCCUGCCGAAGGUAAGAAGGGUUUGAAAUACGGGGUUUCCAUCACCGAUGGGUGUGUCAGUUGGGAAACUACCGAAAAGAUGUUGGAAGAUCUUGCCCAGGCAGUUAGAAAUAGAAGAGCACACAAGGAUAGUAAAUAA